CCAAGGUUGGGGACCCUUGUGGCCGCCAUCGCAGCGCACUUUCACGCAGCCUCGCCGUAAACGCGACAAGGCUCCGUUCUCAAUUUCAUGAACGACUCUACCGCCAGCUUUGUCUUGACCACGCAAUCGACCGCUCGACAACAUAUAUGAUAACUCUCCUUCCAAACCACCACUGAUGGCUGGCGACGCGACGUCUUUGUCUUUGCGCCCAUUUCCUGUGGCUGACAAGAAGCCCAAGACCAUCUCCGACUUCAUCGGCCGUAUCAACACGCAGUCGGGUGGAUUUCGCGAUGUCACAGAAGCAAAGAUCCAUGACGAAAUAGCACGACAAGCCCAAGCUGGCGCCCCGAACGAAGAUGCCGACAUGUCCGAUGGAGAGGAGGAGGAUGAGGAGGAAGAGGGCGCCGAUGAAGAAGAGAUUGAUCCUUUGCAAGCACGGGAGCAGGUGCUAAGAGAAAUCGACAUAGCAACCUAUCAUGCCGAUGCGACCCUCAACACCGUGUCUCUCCUCCUAUCCAAGCAGAACCCGACGACCGCUAGUCUGACGCUCAACAAACAACUCCGCGAGACCGUCGGCAUUGGCACACUCGGCGCAGAUCGACUCGAGCGGCCCAAGGAUGACAUUGCCAAGGCGGAGGACCAGCGUCGGAUUGCUGUCGGGUGGACUCUCAUGGACAUCAACAACACGAGGAACUCAGCAGAGGCGGCGUGCGCAUUUCUGCAAAAAGAGGUCGAUGCCGAGAACAAAUACUGGGAAGAUGUCGCCGGCGUGCAGGGUAGCGGCUGGUCAAUAUGCAGAAUGCCUCAAGAGAGGACAACUCUCGGGGUGCGGUUUGGGUUCUCAGAGUCUGCUGCCGAAUUCAAAGCCAAUGGUCUCGCGCCUAUGCGAAGGAAUGAUGAUGGGUCGGUCCAGCUAGAUCUCGGACGCCUAGGUGGCGUCUCCGAACGACUUCUCGUCACAUACGAACGCGACGGCAACGUCGUAGGGCGUUCGACGAUUGGUUCGCAGCCAUCCGCAGAUGCGCCUCUCGAAGACCGUGUCCUCGAGGCACGCAACACACUGCUCGCCCAGGAGCUUUGGUUCGAGCUGGGCCGGGAGGCGCGCACCUUGACGGCCUUGGGCGUUCAGCUCCAAGGGUCAACGAUUACCUUCAACAUGGGCCGCAAAUCAAGAAUCAUCCUAGAGCUUGUGUCGCUCGACUCAGCGCCGUCGCCGGACUCGUCACUGCCGGAAAAUGAGACCGCAGAGGGCCUGUCACUAGCCCUGCAUAUACUUCUGAGCUACACGCAUCGCAACAACGAACAGAUGCGUACUCGACCACUACCGCCGCAAGUAACACGCUCCAGGGGCCAACAGCCAUAUGCCCUCUUGCGACCCCUCAUCGGGCGGACGACAUAUCUACGCAACUUAUCCGCAGCAACCAAGCGCAUAGGUGCCCUGACCCAUACGCUCCAAGCCGCAGGUCUCCCCUCAACCUUCACUGUUGUGACAACUACACCCGCCGUGCCAGAUACAUCACCCGCGACUCAGGCGCCCAACACCUCGUCCGCAGCGCACACGCUUGUGCGAAACGCGUUCCAGCCGCCCGAGUUUACAAUAACGCUUACCCUUCUUGAUGACGUGACACUCACGGUUCGCGGGCGUACGUUCCUGCACCCCUUUAUAUCGACUUACUAUUUCGUGGUUGUACCACCGUCAUCUCCAUUGGCGACGCUCUGCCCCCCUCACAAAGAUGGAUACAUAGAUAUUCCAUCCCUGAUAGCCUAUCUCCGCAUCGCCUGCGUCAAGUCUAUCACGCACAACAUGUUCUCGCGCUAUGGAGAGAAGCAUUGGAUCCUUGGUGUGACGGGGACGGCCAUUCAAAAUCAAGAGGGGACAUUGGAACUGCGAUUCGACCUCAAGAAAGAGCAAGGCGAACCGGCGAUCUCUCUUGUCCAUGUGACGCAUAGAGGACAGCCAGAACUAAAAGAGUAUGUCUGGAAAGACAACAAGCAGGAAUCGUUGGAGGGAACCCUGCCGCAAAAGGUUGGCCAAAUUGUUGACGAGGGGAAAAGAUAGAAAGGAUAUAGAUGAGAUACCCGACAUACCAACGAAUCCGCGUCUUUAAUGAUCUGAAUCUGUCCAUCUAAUCUAAGCAAUGUAGCUACUUUGGCCAGUAAUAUCUCAUCAGGGUACUUAUCUCCCGUGCCAUGUUAAUUAUUCAUCUCCCCAAACGCCUUACAAACAAUCAUAACCACAUCGUAGGCAAAAAUGACGCUCUCCGCCUGUCGUACAAGCGCAUUGCUGCUCCUCAUGCUCAAUUCCUUGAACCAGUAAACAGGUACUUGAGUUCCGCGUGCGAGAGUCUACCAAUCUUCUUGCUCUCAUCCUCGUCUAGGGCGGCCUCGACGACUUCUUUCUUCUUCGUCUGCAGUUCGACAAUCCUAUCCUCCACUGUCUCUUGCGUGAGGAUACGGUACACCUUGACCUCUUUCUUCUGGCCAAUUCGAUACGCCCGAUCGACAGCCUGCAUUU